AUGUUUCAAAUUCCAAGAUAUGAAGAAGAAUCCUCGCAAGGAAAUUCCUCCUUGGCGAAUGAGCGCUUAGCUAAAAUCAAUGAUAAAUUUAAGAGAAAACGUAUCAUAAAAGAAAAGGUUUCCAAAAAAACACAAGCGGACCUGAAAAAAACCGUACAAGUACCGGAAAGUCACAAAGGAAGUGCAAAAAAUAGCGAAUUAAUUACAAAUACUUCUGAAAAUGAUACAGUUCUUAAAGAAAAUGAACAAGAGGAUGAAAGAAUAAACCUAAACCUUAUACACCAAGGACAAUACGAAGAGGGGCACAUUGAAGAAAUUAAAGUAUUACAUUCCUUUCCAACAUUUGAUAAGCCAAAGCAGACACCUCAAGAAGCAGCUGCCGUCAAAUUACUGGGAAUACCAGACUGGCUAGCAAAUCCUACCGUAAUUGACCCAGAAACAACGCUCCCGAUUGACGAUUCAUCUCUCGGAUUAUCUGAUCGGUUGAGAAAUCGAUGCAAAACAUUAGGAAUCAAUGAAUGCUUUGCAGUUCAGACAGCAGUCAUUCCUUUGUUGGUACACAAUCGAAGAUUAUCAGAUGUUCAUAUGCAUCCUGGUGAUAUUUGCGUCUCUGCUCCAACGGGAAGUGGUAAAACACUUGCCUACGUACUUCCUAUUAUUGAGAUUCUUUCCAAGCGCAUAAUAACACGUUUAAGAGCGCUUGUUGUUCUCCCAACCAGAGAUUUGGUAGCACAAGUUAAAGAAACUUUUAUCGCUUUCUGUAAAGGAACAACUUUGAAGAUUGGUGUAGUGACCGGUCAACAGUCGUUUACCCAUGAACAAGAACAAAUAGUUUGUAGUUCGGCGGAAUUGCUUAUGGGAGGGAAAAGUAAGAUUGAUAUAUUAAUAGCUACACCUGGACGAUUAAUCGAGCAUUUGUCGAUGACGCCCAAUUUUACUUUACAGCACUUGCGAUUUCUGAUUAUCGAUGAAGCCGAUCGGUUACUUAAUCAAAGUUAUCAGGAUUGGUUGAUUCACAUACUUAAGUCUACACAGCAAAUAAACGGCGUGGAAAGUGGGAAAGAUACAAUUGGAUUUAACCUUGAUGAUUCUAUUGGAGCCUCGUUUAAUAACGAUGACGCGAUAUCGUCUUCGAUUAUGGGUGCUUUAUUUAAUCUCCCGAAAAUGGAUGCCUCAGAAACAAAAGUGUCUGCGAUUCAAAAGUUGUUGUUUUCAGCAACUCUCACACGUAAUCCAGCCAAGAUUGCAAGUUUACGCCUGGUAAAACCACAAUAUAUUUCUGUUCAAUCCUUACAUAAAGAUGAAGGCGAAACCAAAUAUACACUUCCAACUACACUGAAAGAAUUCAUGAUUGUUACGUCAUCGUCAAUGAAACCUCUCAUUGUUCUUCACCUCCUUUACAAUCUCCAUAUAAAAUCUGCACUUUGCUUUACAAAAUCCGUAGACUCUGCGCACAGACUUGCUAAAUUAAUUCAAUUAUUUGAGAACUCGAAUGCAAAAGAGUCUAUACAAGAAAACGAUAAUAUGAUUGUUUCUAUUGGAUCGAUAAUUGCGGCAGAAUAUUCAAGUGAUCUAACCAAAGAUGAAAGGAAAAAUAUUUUAAACAAGUUCAAACGUGGCGACAUUCGUUUAUUAAUAUGUUCGGACUUGAUAGCUCGAGGGAUGGAUUUAGAUAGAGUGGAUACAGUGAUCAAUUAUGAUAAUCCUAUCUAUAUGAAAAAGUAUGUGCAUCGUGUUGGUAGAACUGCGCGUGCUGGGCGUAAUGGGGAUGCAUAUAGCCUUGUAGAAACACAAGAGGUAAGAUAUUUCAAAGAUAUGUUAAGGAAAGCAGGACAUUUAGAUAAGGUUCAAAAUAUAAAUAUCAAGGCGACUUUGCUUGAUCCUAUGAAGGAUGCUUACCAGGUUCGAAAUUAA